CAACUUUGGGAAAUACAUGUUCACUGUCCUCUACUAUUGCACCCUGAGCCUCUACCGUAUCGACAGGGUCUCAAGCUUUGAGGCACCGUUCAUCACAUUCGCGUUGCUGAAUGCUGUUUACUGCUCCGUGUGGGAUCUUGCUAUGGACUGGAGUCUGGGAAAUCCUCAUGCGAAGAACCCGUUGCUUCGUGAGGUGCUAGCCUUCCGCAAGCCGUGGGUAUACUACGUUGGGAUGGUUAUUGAUGUGGUGAUCCGGUUCAACUGGAUCUUCUAUGCCAUUUUUCGCAGAGACAUCCAACAUUCGGCCGUCCUCAGUUUCGCCGUUGCACUUUCCGAGGUGGGCCGGCGAGGCGUUUGGACCAUUUUUCGUGUGGAAAACGAACACUGCACGAAUGUUCUUCUCUUUCGAGCAUCCCGAGAUGUCCCGCUACCAUAUGAAGUUCCCAAACCACAACUUCCAUCUGCCCAGCCAGAGGAGGCCAUGCAGCUCCAAGACCACCAACCUCUGGCCCCCGUCCCCACCGUCGGCGAUGCCGAGCAAGGCACGCCACCCACUCCGGGCUUGUCUGUCCGGACGCCGCGCGGUCUUUCCCGCGUUGGUACCCUGCUGGCUGCGGCCCAUGCACAGGACUUCCAGCGCAAGAAGCGUCCGGCUGAACUACAUGGAGCCACGAUAAGUCCGGAAGGGCUGGUGGACACGCCGGACGAUAGCACAGAUGAGGAAGACGGUUCACGGCCAUCUUCGGAGGGAGGGAACAUCAUAGUGGAAGAGUAUCACGACGAUGAGCGGAUCUAACGUGGAGCCGAAGGGGCCGGGCCUUUAAAUCCUAUUUGUAGGAUAUUUUGCUUUCAUGGCAUAUAUUAGAGGAUAGACUUUAUAUAUAUUACCGCAUAUAAUAAAUGAUCAC